AAAUUCCUUGUCAAUGUAUUUCCUUGUCAUCAAAGUAUAUAUUGGGAACUCUCUCUGCUUUGGAACAGAAGCUUGUUGACACAUCCAAUUCCCACUUCAACAGGAUUCCAUCAUCACCAUGGCGAUAUUGAUCAUUCCUUUUCUUCUAUGUGCUGCCUUCGUCUUGAGUGGUGCAGUAGAGACCACCAUGGAGUCUGCUGAAGUGCAGCAGCAGGACCUUCCUCUGGGACAAAUGGAUGAGGAUGGAAACCCACCGUCUCUCCUCGACACAGAAGAGGAGCUGAAGAGUGACGAGUUGGAAGAGCUCGGGGAAGAAGAGGAAAUGGCGGAGGCGCAGAGAUGUGCUCGAAAGCGGCCCUCAGGAUGGGCCAGAUAUGGGAAACGCAUUUACCUGUAUGUGUCCCAACGAAAACAAUGGGUUGAUGCAGAGCGGUACUGUUUGCGGUUGAAAGGGAAUCUUGCCUCCGUGCACAGCUUGGGGCAACAAAACUUCCUCCGGAGAUUGGUCAAAAGCAGGACUGGUAGCUACCCCUGGACUUGGAUUGGGGGGACAGAUAAUGUUAGGGUAAGAAGGAUAGGAUGUAAGAACCGAGUGUGGUUGUGGAGCGAUGGAUCAAGGUUUGACUUCCAAUACUGGGCCAAAAGGGAGCCCAACAAUCACGGUCGACGGGAGCCAUGUAUCAAUAUCAACUUUGACGGUAAAGGGGCUUGGAAUGAUCUAUAUUGCCAUGCAAGCCUUGGCUUUAUCUGCUCCAAAUGAAGGUAGACCAACCUUUCAAGCUGCAGCACUAUAUGGACCCUGAAUAUAUCUUUCCUUUAAUCAUCCUUAAUUAUUAAUCAAUUCUAAAUCAUGUUUGUUAUAACCAUAGAGUGGAUACUAUAGUUGGUUAAUUCAUUGUACUCAUUAGAAUACAACUGAGCAAAAACCAACCCGUUUUUUCUGUGGACCUUUUCUUAAAAUGUUGACUGGUUGGUGAUUCUUUUAUUUAGCAUUGUUUAAAGUGUUUCUCAUUCAAUAAAGUGUUGAAACCAA